AUGGCCUCCCCAGGACUACCAUCCGAGGAGGCGAGAGAGCUAGCAGAGGGCCAGACGAUCUGGCACACAGCCCAGGAAUGGCCUGACGAGGACGAUACUACGACGGAACCGGAUUACCAGCCCACCCUAUCGAGGUCCGAUGACGACGAAUGGGAGGACGACAUUGACGAUGAAGAUGACGGUGUUUCAGAUGGCCACCACGAUAACACGAGCACGACAUCUGCUCCAGAUGAGAAUGCACAAUUCAGUCUCGGCAAUAUUCAAAUCGAGUUCACCACAGACGGUCCAGAUGAAGGUGAAGCGGCGGCGGACGGGGAAGGCGAUCGUGCACCAGUCCCCACGUCUCGGAUAUUCCAGCUAUUAGCGUCCACCGGUCUACGAGAAAUCCUUCGUGCCAAUGGUUGGCCAGCGGGUCCAGAUGGAGACGAAGACGAAAUGGACGGCGGUGACGAUGAAUUUCUUUUUAAUAUGAGACUCAGAAGGGGAGCCAGGCGUGGCAGGUCAGAAUACGUGUGGCCCAAAGUUCCCAGCGAGGCGGGUACCAACUUGAUGGGCUCGGGCAACUUCGGAACAAAUCAGUUCUACGUCGAUCGACUCAAGAAACGCAAACAGGCUUUUGCAACAAAUCUCAUGUGGCGAGAGCUCGGCGUCGGUUCGCACGGAGUCCGGAGAAGGGCUGAUCAAUCCAUCUUUCAGAGCAUGAUUCCGGGCUCCCAAGCAGACAAAAUCAUCCACUUUGAUUCGCGAAGCUAUUCUGGUCAAUUCUCCGACGACGGCAACUUCUUUUUCUGCUGUGAGCAAGACUUCAAAGUUCGGAUGUAUGAUACAUCCAACCCCUACGAGUGGAAAUACUACAAGACCGUCGAAUAUCCGUAUGGCCAAUGGACCAUCACAGAUGCUUCGCUCAGCCCGGACAACCGCUUCCUUGUCUACAGUUCCAUCCGUAGCGCCGCCUACCUCGCCCCGACAGAUCCGGAUGAUGAUUCAGAUCCGACCGAACUGGAUUUUUCUCUCCUGCCAGGUCAAGGGCAGCGACACAGCUGGGGGUCUUCUCGGUCAAGGUUUGGGAUAUGGUCUCUUCGCUUUUCAGGAGAUGGGCGGGAAAUUGUCGCAGGCACGUCAGAGGACUCCGUCAUAGUUCUUGAUCUCGAGACAAGAACGCCGGUGCUUAGUCUACGAAAUCGUCACCAGCAUCACGUAAACGCGGUCUGUUUCGGCGACACCUCAUCCCCACACAUUCUCUACUCCGGAUCCGAUGACACAACUUUGCGGGUUUGGGACCGACGUUCGAUGGCCGACGGACGUGAAGCCGGCGUAUUUAUGGGCCAUACCGAGGGAUUGACCUACAUUGACAGCAAAGGCGAUGGCCGCUACGUCCUGUCCAACAGCAAGGAUCAGACCAUGAAGCUUUGGGAUCUGCGGAAGAUGAUGUCAGCUGCUAAAGCGGACACAAUCGACUACAAUUCCUACUCGACCGAGUUCGACUAUCGCUUUGAAGAGUAUCCUGAGGCACACCGUGAAGCACACCCAGACGACCACUCGGUCGUCACUUUCCGGGGCCACAGUGUCCUCAAGACUCUCAUUCGUUGCCAUUUCUCGCCACCGGGAAGUACGAACUCGCGCUAUGUCUAUACCGGCAGCGAAGAUGGCCAGGUCUACGUGUAUAAUAUGGAUGCCACGUUGGCCGGUACCAUCGAUGUUGGAACAGCCACACUCAAUUCUCGGCCGCGUGGACCAGAUACACUCUCCAAUGUGUGGGAGAUGGGGGGCGAUAUGAUGUGGAGAACAUGCGUUCGGGACGCAAGUUGGCACCCAAAUGCUCCAAUAUUGGCAGCAACCUCCUGGAAUGGCUGGGGUCUAUCCAGUGGGACCUGCACCAUGCAUUCCUGGAAUGACGGUGCUGACAAGGAUGAAGGCGACCCGCCCAUUGGUAGAAGCUACGAUCAUAAGCUGAGGCCUCUGCCUGAGUUUAAUCGAUAUCAGGAUAAUCCUCCGCCUACUCGCAUGCAUAGACGCACGCGACGCCCACUUCGCAGCAGGCCUGUAUCCCGAUGGGUCGCAGAUGAAGAAGAGGAGGAUGAGAGCCUGUGGUGA